AUGUGGCUGCAGCAGCGGCUCAAGGGGCUGCCGGGGCUGCUGUCGAGCAGCUGGGCCCGCCGCCUGCUCUGCCUGCUCGGCCUCCUGCUGCUGCUCCUGUGGUUCGGCGGCUCCGGGGCGCGGCGCGCGGCGGGCGGCCUGCACCUGCUGCCCUGGGCCCGCGGCCCGCCGGGCGCCGCCGCGCCGUCCGCCUGCCUGGAGGCGGCCACCCGCGCCUGGCGCGGCCUGCGGGAGCGCGGCGAGGCGGUGCCGCCGGGCCGCGGGGUGCCGGCCCUGGUGGCCAACGGCUUCCUGGCCCUGGACGUGGCCGCCAACCGGCUGUGGGUGACGCCCGGCGAGCGGGAGCCCGCCGUGGCGCCGGACUUCGUGCCCCUGGUGCAGCUGCGCCCGCUGAACGCGCUCUCCGAAGCCGGGGAGUCGGUGCUGCUGCUGCGUGAGGGGCUGCUGCGCCGGGUGCGCUGCCUGCAGCUGGGGGCCCCGGGUACCGGCGCCGCCGCCGCCGCCGCCCCCGGACCGGCCUCCGCCUCCGGCCUCGUCACCGGGGCCGCCCGCGACUGCGUGCUGCUGCAGGAGGACUUCCUGGCGCACCGGGGCCGGCCCCACGUCUACCUGCAGCGCAUCCAGCUCAGCAACCCCACGGAGCGCGUGGCCACGCUGCAGACGGUGGGGCCCACCGCCAGGCCGCUCCCCAGGGCCUACACCAGCACCCUGGAGAAGGCCGGAGACCAUCAGUUCCUUCUCUAUUCGGGCCUGUCCCCGCCCCUUCCCAAGGGGCAGGUGCACCUCGUGGUGGUGGCCGCCAAGAAGCUAGUGGACCGGCUCCAGGUGGCUCCCAAGACGCAGCUGGAUGAGACGGUGCUGUGGGUGGUGCACAUCUCAGGGCCGCUGAACCCGCAGGCGCUCAAAAGCAAAGCCGCCAAGGAGCUCAAGGUGCUGCAGGACUUGGCCCGGAAGGAGAUGCUGGAGCUCCUGGAGAUGCCCGCCGCCGAGCUGCUCCAGGACCACCAGCGCCUCUGGGCCCAGCUCUUCAGCCCAGGUGUGGAAAUGAAGAAGAUCACGGACGCCCACACCCCAUCUGGCCUGACCGUGAACCUGACCCUCUACUACAUGCUGUCCUGCUCAACAGCCCCCCUGCUCAGCCCCAGCCUGAGCCACAGGGAGCGGGACCAGAUGGAGUCGACGCUCAACUAUGAAGAUCACUGCUUCAGCGGCCACGCCACCAUGCACGCCGAGAACCUCUGGCCCAGCUGGCUGUCCUCCGUCCAGCAGAUCCUGCAGCUCUCCGACCUGUGGAAGCUGACGCUGCAGAAGCGCGGCUGCAAGGGGCUGGUGAAGGUGGGCGCCCCCGGCAUCCUGCAGGGCAUGGUGCUCAGCUUCGGCGGCCUGCAGUUCACCGAGAACCACCUGCAGUUCCAGGCCGACCCGGACGUGCUGCACAACAGCUACGCCCUGCACGGCAUCCGCUACAAGAACAACCACAUCAGCCUGGCCGUGCUCGAGGACCCCAGGGGCGAGCCGUACCUGCACGUGUCCGUGGACACCCACGGCCAGCCCGUCAAGAUCUACGCCUGCGAGGCGGGCUGCCUGGCGGAUCCCAUGGAGCUGACCUCGGAUCCCGAGGGCCUCACCUUCCCGGUCAUGGUGACGCAGCCCAUCACGCCUCUGCUCUACGUCUCCACCGACCUCACGCACCUGCAGGACCUGCGGCACACGCUGCACCUCAAGGCCAUCCUGGCCCACGACGAGCACAUGGCCCAGCAGGACCCCGGCCUGCCCUUCCUCUUCUGGUUCAGCGUGGCCUCCCUCAUCACCCUCUUCCACCUCUUCCUCUUCAAGCUCAUCUACAACGAGUACUGUGGGCCUGGGGCCAAGCCCCUCUUCAGGAGUAAGGAAGAUCCCAGUGUCUGA